AUGGCUGCACUUCAGAUAUCGCAUGGUUCUGUGGUUAAUUUGAAAAAUGAAUUAAAACAGUUAGAGGAAGAAGAACAAAAGGUUCUUGCACAACAGUUACUUGAACAACAACAACACAACGACGACCGGAAUGCAUGUUCAAUAACUAUUAUUAUCGACAAUGCCUCUUGGCAUCGUGAAGUAACAGAUGAUACAAAACCACCUCAAUGUUUAUGGGGAAAACAAAUGAUAGUUAACUGGCUUGAUGAUCAUAAUAUAUUAUAUGUUGAUGAUAUUUCGAAAGCCGAAUUGCUACAGCUAGCCUAUGAAAAUUUACCAAAAAAGAAAUAUAAAGUGGACGAAGAAGCAAAAAUUAUCGAAUUAAUAUCUUACGAGUUGGCUUGGGCCAAUAUGAAAACAUGCAUACGUGAUAGAAACACAAAGUUUACCUCGGCUGAAGUGAACAAAGUGGCACAAGAGUGGAUAGAUAAUUUAGAUGAGACGGAAGCAGCCAACUAUGUUAAUCACGUUAAGCAAUGUGUGGCGACAUUCAAAAAGGCCGAUAUGUUUGCCGAAAAAAUUGAAGAAGAAUUAAAUGAUGAUGACGACGAACAUGAAUAUAGCGUCUAUAGUGCAGACACAGAUAAUGAUGAUGAUGAAUGA